AUGCCAGAGGAAAUGAUGCUCAGCAGCUCCUCGGUGGGACGGUUUCCCUCUGUUUCCGCCAGAAAUGGAGACGAUAACGCUCCCAAGCAAGCCUCGGGGAAGGAGCAUGCGGGGGGCGGGGGCUGUUGGCGCUGGCUCCAGAAGAUGUGCCCCUGCUGCUGCCGCAAGCAGAGCGGGUCCCUGGACAUGACUGACACUACCAAACCGGGCCCCGUGGAGGAGGUCCCUAUGUUAGACAAGCCGAGCGCUGAGGCCAGCAAACUGGAAGAACUGACGCUGACGGUCCGCUCCGUGGACCUCUUGAAAUCAAAAACGGGUGUGAACCGGCGUGAGCAUCACACCGACUGUUAUCACGACGAUGAGCUCAUAGUGAGGAGGGGCCAGCCGUUUCAGAUAGCCCUUGAGCUUUCACGACCUUUCAAACACAGCACCGACAAACUGCACCUGGAACUCAAGACAGGUAAACUCCCUCAGGUGUCCAAAGGCACGCAUGUCAUCAUCCCACUGGUGGACGAACUGGAAAAUGUCUGCUGGCAGUCCCAGAUCACUGAGCAGAGCGGUAACAGAGUCCAGCUGUUGGUCAGUUCUCCACCAAAUGCUCUGAUUGGGCGCUAUCAGCUCACAGUGACCACCGGCUGUGCAAAGGGUGAGGCCACCUCGACGCAUGACCCGGCCAGUGACAUCUACAUGCUGUUCAACCCAUGGUGUGAAGGUGACACAGUGUUUAUGGACAAUGAAGACGAGAGGAUGGAGUAUGUGCUGAAUGACACUGGAAGGAUCUACUACGGCACAGAGAAACAGAUUGGCGUACGCACCUGGAACUUUGGACAGUUCAGUGAAGGAAUCCUACAAGCUUGUCUGUUUAUCUUGGAGAAGAGUAAAGUGCAGCCAUUUGGCUUUGGAGACUCGGUCAAUGUGGUGCGGGUCGUAUCUGCCAUGAUCAAUUCUCUCGAUGACCGAGGGGUCCUUGAAGGGAACUGGUCUGGCGACUAUGAAGAAGGGACUUCACCAACGGCAUGGAGCGGUAGCGUGGAUAUCCUGAAAAAGUACUACGCGGAGGGUGGGACACCUGUCAAAUACGGACAGUGCUGGGUCUUCUCCGGGGUCACCACUACGGUGCUACGGUGUCUAGGCAUCGCUUGUCGCAGUGUGACAAACUUCCAGUCUGCCCACGACACGGAUGUCUCCCUGACAACAGACGUAUAUUUUGAUGAGAAUAUGGAGCCUCUUGAUCGCCUCAACACCGACUCUGUCUGGAACUUUCACGUGUGGAAUGACUGCUGGAUGGCACGUCCUGAUCUGCCCCCAGGCAUGGGGGGCUGGCAGGCUGUGGACUCCACCCCCCAGGAGACCAGUCAGGGCACUUUCUGCUGCGGCCCAGCUUCUGUCAACGCUAUCCGCACUGGCCAGGUCUAUCUCAAGCACGACACGCCCUUUGUGUUCGCAGAGGUGAACAGUGACAAGAUCUACUGGCAGAGGAAUCUUGAUAGCACAUUCAGCCAGAUCUACAUUGAGAAGAAGGCAGUGGGCCACUGCAUCAGCACCAAGGCAGUAGGCUCUGAUGAACGGAUGGACAUCACCGACCUCUACAAGUACCCAGAGGACACAGAGGAAGAACGCAUUGCUGUGGAGACCGCCAGCCGAUAUGGCUCCAGGCCUGAGACGUACUCCUCGCCUGCAGCCGAGGAUGUGCAAAUUGAAGUUGUAAUGGAGGGUGAGGGGCCACGCAUGGGGGCCGAUGCCCAGCUCAAAAUCGUGCUGCGCAAUCAGAGCAGGCAUCCGCGCCGUGCCACCCUCCACAGCCAGGUGGCAGUGAUGUACUACACGGGUGUUCUCAAGGGCACCAUCAAGAGGGAGAAGCUUCCAGUUGAACUCAUGCCCAGUGAAGUAAAGACCAUUGAGUGGGUUCUGCCAUAUGACCAGUACCAGGACCAACUGGUAGACCAGGCGGCACUUAUGCUGACACUAUCGGGCCGUGUCAGUGAGACCCAACAAGUUCUGGCUACGCAGCACAACUUCCGACUCCGCACUCCGGAUCUCACAAUCACGCCUGUAGGGGAGGCUGUGGUUGGGAAGGAGAUGGCUGCCAAAAUCUCGUUUACCAACCCGCUACCGCGGACACUGAAGUCCGUUUUGUUCCGAGUGGAAGGCCUGGGGCUGCAGAACGUGCGCGAGAUUGCUGUGGGGGACGUGGGCAGCCAUUGCAGUGUGACCCUGACGGAACACUUUGUCCCUACGCUGCCAGGCCCCAGGAAGCUGGUGGCCUCCCUUGACUGCAGGCAGCUCACGCAGGUUCACGGUGUGGCCGACAUCCUGGUCAAGGAGAAGUGAGGCUCCUGCUUGGCAUCUGGCAGCUUCCUGCUGCCUCUUAGGCUCUAUGUGUUUUGACUUAUUCUCUCUCCUUCCUCUGUGUGUGUGUGUGUGUGUGUGUGUGUGUGUGUGUGUGUGUGUGUGUGAAAGCCAGUGACUCUGUGGCGUUGACAUAUUACUGUGAUUUCAUGUACAGUAUGUAUGGGGUUCCACAAAUUUUUCGCAUUACAGGCAGUAUUAACGUCCUGAAGGACUGUCUGCAACAGAGGACAAUGGAGUAUCAUUAACAAGCCUUCAUGCUUUCCCCCACACAUGCUAUCAACUGUAUAAUUGUUAUUAUACAUUAGUCAUUUUAAGUGUUUAACACGAUCUGUUUCAAAAGGUGCUUGUAGAAAAGAAUUAAAUAUAAGAGAAUUCAGAUGACAUAGUUUGAAAUUAUGAAGACUGUGGUAUUGGAUGUCUUGUAUUGUUAGUUAUUAUUGUGUGUUGUUACAAUGAAAUAUUUGUAAAUGUUUAAUGCUAAAUCUAUUAAUUCAUAGGACAGUGAAGCUUAUACUGUAUGGGUAAACAUUGUGGGACUGUAGUGAUGCAUCCUCAUUGUUUCAGCUGUACAAUAUUUUUACUUAUUAACAGAAU